AAACGUCAAGUUUUGUUUACAAACAGUGUCCCAGAUGUUGCUGGCGUUAAGAAAUUUACGAAUAGAAUAUUUAAAGAAGUAUUCCUGAUUUCCAUUUCAAAACACGUCGCUGUGAAUAUGGAAUCUGCAGGAGAGAUAGAUGCAGUACCAGCGUAUAGCGAAGUGGAUAUCAAGGAAGAACCAAUAUUAACUGAACCCAGCCAGCAACCAUGUGAAGAAGAUGAACACAUCAUCAUUAAAGAAGAAAAUAUUAUUUUUGAAGAUUCUGAUGUAUGUGACCCACUACAGAUGAAGAAAGAGGAUGGCGUGUCAGAGGAAGAAAUCACUUCUCCACAUGAUGCAGUGCACAUAAAGGAAGAACCUGAGUUCCAAAGUGAAGUGGAGUUGACAAGUUGUGCCAGUGAACCAGAAAGAAAAGCAACUGAAAUAAUACUGACCUGUCCAGAAUUUGAAAAAUAAUCCUGGUGUCGACAACUACUGUUGAGGGAAAGCAAUGCUAGAGGAGGAUGUCGUGUUACAAGUGUUCUCAAUACACUUGAUGAAAGGUUAUAUGGCCUUCAGAAGAAACUGAUACCUCACUGAAGAAGAAAUAAUAGACAGUAAUGCAGUCUAAAUGCAAUGUCAGAUCACCUGGACCUUAUUGAUGUUGCCAUAUAUCCUUCUGAAGUAACUAUCUGACUGAUGAAGAAAGAAGUCCAGAUGAUCUCAGAACUGUAGAAGUCACUGAUUCACCGGGGGCUAUUGAAUUGCGUUAUGCAACAUCAGAGAACGGCAAAGGAACUGUACAUGAAACUUCACUGCUGGGUACGUCUCAAGUUUCCAAAAGUAAAUUGCAGAAGAGACGUCUUAAUGAUGAGCAAAGCAAAUGGAUGCAGUCAGCUCCAAUUUAUAUGAAACUAUCUGAAACUAACAAGGAUGAGGGGAUGACAUCAGCAUAAAGAGAGAGGAAUUGAUGGAAAAGCUUUCUCAGUUGACUCCAAGGGAGAUGUUCAAAUAACUGGUGAAUGAAAAACAUAAAAUUUCAUAGUAAAAGAACUGUAAGAUGUUCAGUAAAUAUGAAGAAAGUGCAGUAUUUUAUCUUCACAGUUGAAAUGGAGAUCUUUGGCGGAUUUCUUCUCUUUGCUGGCUACCAUAUGCUCCCCACUAAGAACCUAUAUACUGGUCUGUAGAUCAUUAUAUAUCAGCUGCCACCCAUUCCACAUCAAACGGUCCCUUCCCUACAGCCUAGGUCUUCGUGGCAAACGAAUCUGCUCCAGUCCGGAA